CCGGCAUAAAGUUAUUACCUUUUAUAAAUACCUUAUAAUUUCUGAAGCAUUUUCAUAAAGAGGGAGGCGAGGCGCUCAAAUCUUCACCUACUUUUCACGAUCAUUGUUUGCUCGGACAUACUGUAACAAUUCAUGCGGUUUGGGUCGCGUGGUUUAUUUGACGUAGCCUAUAUCAGUGGGGCUUAUAAUUGUAGAUACUACCUCUUUAGAGGAAAUUAUUAUGUCUUAUUUGUUCCCGCUCACCGAAAUCUUCCUGCUCUUCGGUGUUUGUAAAACGAACGCCUUCUUUUACAAAGUGAUGAGACAGCGGAAGUAGAUUUUAGUGUGCCAUGUAACCAAAGAUUGUUGCUCUGCGGCGAAGAGUUCUUAUUGUCAGCUGUUGAUCGAAGUUACAAAAAUGUGUGCAUAUUAAUGGUAGUUUAAGAUUUGUUGGAGAUAUUUCUGAAUGUUAUGUCAGUGCUGACAACUUUGGUGUACCUAUUUGUGUUAGCCUGCAUAUUGUCGAAAGCAGCCAAGUAACGCAAUCCCGCAAGGCAACAAAGAUUGCAUUGUACAGUAGUACAAUGCUGCAGGGAGGGUCAGAAGGCAAUCAUGGCUGCACCUUUAACCCUUUGGUUGUAGUGGAGCUGGCCUCAAACACCAAAGAAGAAGCUAUUGUGUGGCUGCUGAGCAAGAUAAGGACCAGACAGCAGAAUGGAGGUGCUGGGCUGCUCAUCGAACAGUUAGGGCCUGGGGUUUUGGCUCAUGAAAAGGAAAAUCGCAACGUGUAUCUGGUGGGUGCCUCUAGGGAGAGGCUACUCUUUGGUGCGGAAGAUGUGGGCCUGUUUAAGGAAUAUAAUGACGGGUCUAUGAGGUGCUUUGGCUUUACCAAUAAACAGAACUUCAAAGAUUUCAAAGGGGAUGGAGAUGGGUUCCUAAGCAUGGCAGAGUGUCAGUACAUUAUCAAACAUGCUCUGGAAACACUGCGAGCCAAAGAUGAGAUGCAUGUACCAGGAUACAGCCAGGCUAAGCUAUACCCUGGGAAAUCAAUCAUUCGGAGGCUACUGUCCAAUGGCAUCCUGAUCCAAAUUUUUCCUCUGCAUGAAAAAGAAGAACUGAAGAGACUAUCUUUUUCUUGGUAUAAAAGAUUCAAGUUUUCCUUUCAGCCUCUUGAUGAAAUCAGACACUACUAUGGUGAGGGACAAGCACUCUACUUUGGCUUUCUGGAGUACUUCACAAUUGCCCUGUUACCCAUGGCCUUAAUUGGAGUGCCUUACUAUCUUUUUGACUGGGAAGAUUAUGACAAAUAUGUAGUAUUUGCCAUCUUCAACGUGGUCUGGUGCACACUUGUCCUUGAGUUAUGGAAGAGAUGCAGUGCUUCGCUAGCCUAUCGAUGGGGUACAUUGAGCAAGAAAAAGGCCUUUGAAGAACCUCGACCUGGCUUUCAUGGCACCCUUGGGUUGAACCUUGUGACGGGCCGUGAGGAGCCUCUCUACCCAAAUGCCAAGCGUCAGCUUCGUAUCUGUCUGGUGUCCCUGCCCUUUGUACUGCUUUCUCUUUAUCUGUCAUUAUACAUUAUGAUGAUUUACUUUCAAAUGGAAGGAUGGGUGCUGUCUGUUCAUGAUGCUGAGCCUACCUUCUGGACAGGAGUACUUUCAUUCAUUCCCAGUGUUAUCUAUGCUGUGGUAAUUGAAAUCAUGAACCUGAUCUACAGAUAUGCGGCCGAGUUCCUCACUGAAUGGGAAAAUCACAGGCUGGAGUCCUCAUAUCAGAAUCACCUUGUCCUUAAAAUAUUAGUCUUCAACUUUUUCAACUGUUUUGCUUCACUGUUCUACAUUGCCUUUGUCGUGCAAGACAUGGUUCUACUGAGACAGAGCCUGGCCACCUUGCUCAUCACCAGUCAGAUCUUAAAUCAGUUAAUGGAAGCCUUCCUACCCUACUGGCUUCAGAGGAGACGCAAUAAAAAGAUGAUUCAUAAAGUUCAAAUGAAAAAAAUUAGUGAAGAUAAAGAGCUUCCCUUGGAAGAACAAGUUAAACUGGAAGCCAGUAUGAGCACAUACUUGGGAACAUUUGAUGACUAUCUGGAGCUGUUCCUUUUGUUUGGUUAUGUCAGUCUAUUCUCCUGCGUGUACCCUCUGGCUGCUAUAUUGGUGGUAUUUAACAACAUCACAGAGAUUUACUCUGAUGCCUUCAAGAUGUGUCGUGUUUUCAAAAGACCUUUUGCUGAUCCAGCUGCAAACAUCGGAGUUUGGCAGCAUGGACUGCUGGCUUUCAAAUUCAUCCUGACCUUCAUUAUCCCAGAUGUUCCAAAAGACAUCCAGAAUAAAUUAGCCCACAUGGAAUUUGAAUCGCUGGAAGCUCUUAAGAAAAAGAAAAUGCAAGAAGCCUUGGAACACAGUAAGAGUUUCCAGUAAGGAGUACAGGGGGGCGUAUAGAUACUGAGGACAGUUCCUCUGUUUACAUUGUGUUGCCCGAAGCUGAAUUUAUGUUUGAAAAAAUAACGAUGAUAUGUUGUUUUUUUUUGUAUAUGUAGGAUUUAUACACACAGAUGGAAAUCUAAUCCGCUACGAAGAAGCACUUAUGUGUUGUCCUCAAUUUGUGGUUCAUUGCUGAUUUACAUCUAACAUGACAUCUACCUGAUGUCUGAUCAAUUAACCAAAGAAUUUGAGCUGAGAAGUUAAUUAAUUCAGCUGCAGGAAUUUAAAAUAAAGUGUUAUGUGGGUUAACAUAUCAGACUUUUCAGAUAUAUGGUUAACACUGUUUAGAUAGGAAGAGGAAUUUCUCUGCCUUCUCCUUUCUCUCUGAAUAGAUCACAGCAAAUACUUAUCUUAUGCUGACUUUUAGCAUGUAAUGUUACAUUAUGUAAAUUGUAUAACACUAUAACUUGUUUGACCAUGUGUUCUUGUUGCACCCUUGGUGACUUGAAAUGUAAUGUAAACUGAGUAAACAUUUUCUGUGUUCCACACUCACUGUCAAAACCUUUGGAGAAGAACAAGGGAGCUAACAGUUGUUUGUUCCCUACCGUUCUUAUCUUGCAAUAAAUUUGAAUUGAAUAUGACAAAAAUUUUUAAUGUCAUGUUGUACUUUGUAAGUAAAGAAUAUAAGU